UUGAGAAAAGAGAGGGAAAAAGAAAAAAAAAAAAGAUGGUGAAGUUUUCUAAGCAGUUUGAAGGACAACUAGUCCCUGAAUGGAAAGAAGCUUUUGUUGAUUAUUGGCAACUCAAGAAGGACCUCAAAAAAAUCCAUCUCCUUAAUGUCAACAACAACAACUCAUCAACCAAGCAACAAAACAGCUUUUUAUCCAACACCCUCUUGACAUCUCUCAAGAAGUUUUCUUUGUUUGGUCUUCAACGUAGAGACCAUCAUGAAGUUAUUCAUGUUCAUAAGAAACUAGCCUCCUCAGCAAGUAAGGGCGAUGUGUAUGAGACCGAACUGUUGGAGCAAUUCGCCGAUACCGACGCAGCCAAAGAGUUCUUCAACUGCCUAGACCUCCAGCUCAACAAGGUGAACCAGUUCUACAAGAAUAAAGAGAGAGAGUUUCUUGAGAGAGGAGAGUCUUUGAAGAAACAGAUGGAGAUUCUCAUUGACGUCAAGACCGCAUUCAAUCAACAGCGCGACAAAGGCGCUUCCUCGCAGGAUUCCAAGGAUGAUCCUUCUAUAUCAUGCACUCUCUCUUGUGAGGAGUCCAUUGGGGACAGAACAGAAGAAGAGCAGCCUCAGGACAACAGCACAGAUGAGAUGGAGAAAAAUGAAGUGGCGUAUUCAGAGAGCCCAAGAUCAGAUGAGAUGAGGAAAUCAAUGGCAAUCAAAAGGGAAGAUAGCAAACUACGAACCAUGUCGGGUCGGGUUUUCAGUUGCCAAGGGAGGAACUUUGGGAUAAACAUUCCUCUCACAACGCCGUCACGCACCUUCUCCGCAAUCGGUUACUUAGUCUGGGAAGAUUUUGUCAACCAGUCCUCGAAGAAAUGCAAUUCUGCUGAAGGCGGCAGCAAGCUACGCAUCAACAAGGCGAAGCUUCAUCGCGCCGAGAAAAUGAUCAAAGGAGCUUUUGUUGAGCUCUACAAAGGCCUAGGUUAUCUCAAAACUUACAGGCACUUGAACAUGCUUGCCUUCAUAAAGAUCUUAAAGAAGUUUGACAAAGUUACUGGAAAACAAGUUCUUCCCGUUUAUCUUAAAGUAGUUGAGAGUUCAUAUUUCAACAGCUCAGAUAAGGUAAUAAAUCUAGGAGAUGAAGUUGAAGAGCUAUUCAUCAAGCACUUUGCUGAGGAAGACAGAAGAAAGGCCAUGAAAUACCUUAAACCCCAUCAGCGCAAAGAAUCACACUCUGUAACAUUCUUCAUUGGACUAUUCACUGGAUGUUUUAUUGCCCUCUUCACUGGAUAUGUCAUCAUGGCUCAUAUCACGGGACUGUAUAGACGACAACAGAAGACUUCGAUAUACAUGGAAACUUCAUAUCCUGUUCUUAGCAUGUUCAGCCUAUUGUUCCUUCACUUCUUUCUCUACGGUUGCAACAUCUUUGCAUGGAGAAAGACACGUAUAAAUUAUAGCUUCAUCUUUGAGCUGACUCAGACUAAGGAACUCAAGUACAGAGACGUAUUUUUGAUCUGCGCCGCAUCAAUGACCGCGGUGGUUGGCGUCAUGUUUGUUCACUUGUUUUUGCUAGUAAAAGGGUAUUCUUAUACCCAAGUUCAAGCAAUCCCUGGUCUUCUUUUAUCGGCCUUCUUACUGUUUCUGAUUUGCCCCUUCAAUGUCUUCUACCAAUCAAGCCGUUAUCGGUUUCUUCGUGUGAUAAGAAACAUUAUUUUGUCACCUCUCUAUAAGGUUGUCAUGUUGGACUUCUUCAUGGCCGAUCAACUUUGUAGUCAGGUUCCAAUGCUGAGGAACCUUGAGUAUGUGGCAUGUUAUUACAUAACUGGAAGCUACAAGACUCAGGAUUAUGGCUAUUGCAUGAGGGCUAAGCAUUACAGAGAUCUUGCCUAUGCAGUUUCCUUCUUGCCUUACUACUGGAGAGCCAUGCAGUGUGCUCGGAGGUGGUUCGACGAGGGGCAGAAAAGUCACCUUGUGAAUCUCGGAAAGUAUGUGUCCGCCAUGCUAGCCGCGGGGACCAAAGUGGCGUAUGAGAAGGAGAGGAGUGCUGGAUGGCUCUGUCUUGUUGUGGUCAUGUCAAGUGUUGCAACAAUGUACCAAUUGUAUUGGGACUUUGUAAAGGAUUGGGGUUUGCUCCAAAUGAACUCCAAGAACCCAUGGCUUAGGAAUGAAUUAAUGCUUCGCCGAAAGAUCAUUUACUACAUCUCAAUGGGACUAAACCUAGUUCUCAGGCUCGCUUGGUUACAAACUGUUCUUCACUCAACUUUUGAACAUGUUGAUUAUAGAGUAACUGGACUGUUUUUAGCAGCCCUUGAAGUCAUUAGAAGAGGGCUGUGGAACUUUUUCAGGUUGGAGAAUGAGCACCUGAAUAACGCAGGCCAUUUUAGAGCAGUUAAGACAGUACCGUUGCCUUUCCAUGAAGUGGACGAGCAAGACUGAACACUAUUAUUGUUGAUGAAAUGAUGCCCCAUUUUGGCAAACAUUAGUUGAAGAAUACAGAAUUAGAUUCGAUCCGGGUCUGGGGGUAUUUUUCCAACAAAUGUUUCCAAGAGGAACCUUGUUGUACUAAUUAUUCAAGUUGAUGGAAUAAAAGGGAAAAAAAAAAAAAAAAAGAAACGUCAACUUGUUUCUUAUUAACUUCGAGGGGAUUUUGGCUAGUUAGUCACUAGUCAAUCCUCCAUACUUGUAUACAAAAUUUUUCCUCAUCAAUGAAAACAAAC